UUCUCAUAGGACAUGACUUCAAAGCUCAAUAUCUUUCACACUUGUAAGAUUUCUCUCUCUGCAUUUAUAUAAAUCUUGCAGGAUACCUAUGUUUGAGGUAUUGUAGCAGACUUUUGUUUUAGUGGUCGUGGUUGUACAAGUCUAGCUCUAGCGACUGUGCAACUUGUGAUGGCUCGUAGCUGGGAGAAGGAAAGUAGAGGUACUAUGUUUUCUAAGCCAUCGCCUGAACUGAAUCCAAGUAAAAGUAUUGGGCCGAGGAAAUAUUCAUAUCAACAACUAGCAAAAGCCACCAAUCAUUUCUCUAAUAGUCAUCUUCUCGGCGAGGGUGGUUUUGGACAAGUUUAUAAAGGAUUGCUAGAUGGUGAAUACUAUGCUAUCAAGAAACUUAAAAAUUUUCCGGACUUACAGUCUGAAGGAAAACUGCAGGAUGAGAUAAUGGUUGUUAGCAGCGUCCGCCACAAAAAUCUUGUUGAACUGCUUGGUUACUGCAAUGAAGGGGCCGAUAAAUUGCUUGUUUUCAAAUAUUUUCACAAUAAGUCCUUAAGCUCUCAGUUACAUAAAAGCGAUCAAAAUUUGGACUGGCAAAAGAGAAUGAAUAUCGCCAAAGGAACUGCAAGAGGACUGGAAUAUUUACAUGAACAUUGUGAUGUUCGGAUCAUACAUUUAGAUAUCAAAUCAGAUAAUAUUCUUCUCGAUGAUGAAUUUAAACCAAAGCUGGCAGAUUUUGGACUUGCCCGGUUUUUUUCAAAUGCUGCUACUCACAUCUCUGAAUCAAAAAUUAUCGGAACCAGAGUCUAUGUAGAUCCAUUCGCAAUAGAAACGAGACAAUAUUCUGAUAAAUCAGAUGUUUAUUCAUUUGGUAUUAUACUUUUAGAAUUACUUACAGGAAGAUUGCCUAUAGAAAAUGACAUUGAUAUUGUGAAAUGGGCAAAAUCUCGAAUUAAAAAAGUUUUGAAUGGCGAAUUUGCAGCUUUUGUAGAUUCUACAUUGAGGUUUGAUCAUACAGAAAUGUAUCGAAUGAUUUUUUGUGCAGAUGCUUGUAUAAGUAAUCCUCCAAAUUUGCGUCCAUCAAUAAAAAAGAUAUUUCAAGUUCUCGAAGGAAUUUUAUCUCCAGAUGAAUUAUCAUCACAAAAAGGUCUAGAUUACGGUGUAAGUAAUUCAAUUCUUGUUAAUUCAAUUGGAUAUUACAUGGAAAAGCUAAAUGCAACAGAUUCUCUUGAACGACGCACUGCUCUGCAUGGACAUGGAAAUCAGAGUACUAAAUCUAAAGGUUCAUUCCUUAUCCAACUGUAA